AUGAAAUUCUUUCCAUUAAAAAGUGAUAUUAUAAAUGAACCUGAAUCAAAUCAAAAAUUAAAAAAAAUGUAUACUGAUCUACUUACUUUUUCAGAAACUCCAGAUAUAAAUUCAGAAAUUUAUGAUAAAAUUCUUAAUUUAAACAGCCAAGAAUAUAAAAUGCAAAAAAAUAAAAAAAGUUCAAUCUUUUCAAAAAAUGGUUAUAUUGGCAAUUGCUUUCAUGAAUACAUGAGUGAUUGUGAUAUUACUCUUAGUAAAGUAAGAGAUAAAAAUAUAGAAAAUGACAAAGAAGAAAAAAAAAAGGAAAAAGAAAAAUAUGUAGAAAAAGAAAAAGAAGAAGAAGAAGAUGAAGAAGAAGAAGAUGAACAGGAGGAAGAGGAAGAAAAUGAACAGGAGGAAGAGGAUGAACAGUAUGAAAAGGAGGAAGAAAUAUAUGAUAAUGAAAUAGAAGAAAAAUCAUAUCAUGAUAAAAUAAAAAAUGGACAAUAUGAUAAUUAUUGUAUUGGUAUAUAUGAAGAAAAAGGACAUAAAGAUGCAUAUGAAUGUGAAAAGGAAAAAAUAAAUAUUGAUAAAAAAAGUAAAGUAAAAAAAGAAAAAUCUAUUAAUAACAGCUGUUGGAAAGAUAUAAUAUCAAAAAAUAAUACAAUAUUAAAUAAAAGCAAUAAUAACUUUAAAAAUAUUGACGAAGAAAAUGUCAUAAUAGAUAUAAUACUAGAUAUAUAUAAAAAUACAAUGGAACAUAAAAAGACUCAUUUUUUAUGUUUAGAAGAAAUCUUGAAAAAAAUUAAUUUAAUAUUAAAGAAGCAAGUUGAAAUAUGUAAAUCAAAUGUUUAUCAGAAAUCAGAAAGACAAUUAUUAUUUCAAAAUAUUUACGAAUUAAAAAAACAAAUUGCAGAUAAAGCAUUUAACUCUUUAGCUAAUAAGGAUUUUGCUAGAUGUUAUAUUAAAAAUAUCCAUAGUGAAAAUAUAAAGGAUAAUAUUGAUAAAAAUACAGAGAGAAACAUCCUAAAUUUUAAGAAUUUAGAAAAAAUAAAUGAAAAAAGUGAUAAAUAUUAUAAAGACAUUUAUGAAAAGUUUAAAACAAAAAGUGAAAAUGUAAAUUUAUUUUUGUUUCAUUUAAAUGAAUUAGAAAAAAGUAUAUAUGCAUUUACUCAUUUUUGUAGAAAUGUUUCAAGUCUAACAUACCCUGAUGGAAUGAUUGGUUUAAAUUCACUAGAACAAAAA